UCAUGUCCAUUCGCUUCCUUUUAUUAAUUAAUUUUUUUUUUAAUUCUCCUCUGGAAAUGGAAAGUUCGACCUUAACCGGAUUGCUGAAGCAGGUGGCGUCGGAGUUCCAAAAAACGGAAAGUUCAACUUGACCCAUGCACGGUUGCAGGAGCUCGUCAACCACGCUGCCUCCCUGUUAAUAUCCUUCAGCAUCGCCCCUAACAACAUCGUUGCAAUCAUCUUCCCCAACACCGUCGAGUUUGUUGUGAUGUUUUUGACGGUGAUUCGAUGCCAAGCGACAGCGGCGCUGCUAAACGCAGCGUACACAGUGGAGGAGUUGGAGUUCAACCUCUCUGACUCAGAAUCGAAGCUCUUGAUCAUGCUGGAAGAACCGAUUCAUACGGCCCAAGCGGCUGCUUCCAAGCUCAACAUCCCUCAUGUGACCACCAACCUGUCUGCCACCGCCAACCCCGUUACUCUCUCUUCUGCCGCCAAGGGGAUCCCCGACUUGGUCUCGCAACUCGUCAACGACCUCUCCGAUAUGGCGCUCUUCCUCCACACGUCGGGAACCACGAGCCGACCCAAGAAAGUCCCCUUGACGCAACUCAAUUUGGCCUCCUCUGUCCAGAACAUCAAAUCGGUCUACAAAAUCACUGAGUCAGACUCGACGGUUAUCGUCCUCCCUCUAUUUCACGUGCACAGAUUAAUUACCGGGUUACUAAGUUCAUUUUCCGCAGAAGCUGCCGCGACUCUCCCAGCCGCAGUCUCUCUCGCUUGGCGGCUCCUGUUGGUGAUGAAGGAGAUGAGGGAUUUGAGGUUAUGGAGGCAGGGAGUAGCACAGAAGAAAGGAACAGAGAUGAUAAACAGACAAGACUGCAAUCGGGGCAAAAUCGGAAAUUUGUUGUUUGGACCAUUUUGAUUGGACUAGUUUAAUAUUGGGUUUUGUCUUAACCAUUAAAUAAAGUUUUUAUAUGGUUUUUUUUGUUAACA